CAGAGACUGCUGACACAGUACAGGAGAUGACCAGAGACUGCGGACACAGUACAGGAGAAGGACCAGAGACUGCGGACACAGUACAGGAGAUAACCAGAGACUGCGGACACAGUACAGGAGAUGGACCAAAGACUGCGGACACAGUACAGGAGAUGACCAGAGAAUGCGGACAUAGUACAGGAGAUGACCAGAGACUGCGGACACAGUACAGGAGAAGACCAGAGACUGCAGACAGUAGUACAGGACAUGAACAGAGACUGCAGACAGUACAGGAGAUGACCAGAGACUGCGGACAGUACAGAUGACCAGAGACUGC